AUGGGAAUCGCCUCGGGCGUGACCAAUCCUGGAAGCACCAAUUACAAUUCAUAUCUCUUCUCCGUGCUGCUGCAAGGAGGGAAGUGUGGUGAGAUACCACACUCAUGUUAUCAGAGAACUGGGGUUACAUCUGAAUCUGUUCUGACCUUUGCUUUCUCUGCUCUGCCAGAAUACUCUACUCUAAACCCUAGGCCAAUCCGGGCUCAGUCGGUCGAUAGAUGUAGCCUGUUACUGCCAGAUGCACGAACUGUUCAGCCAGAGACCUCUGUACGCUCUAAGCGUAGGUCACUGGUGGAGAUGGAUUACGGAGCCUUCUCUGAUGCACGAACUGCUCAGCCACCUGCGUCUGAACGAACUAAAUCUAAAUCACUGCUGGGGAAACUGCGUCAAGCCCUGUCUCGUAAUCACGUUGUGGCAGAUUCCCAAAAGUUGAAAUGCUCAGAGAAGGAUGUUUAUUCAGCAUUGGUAACGGAGAACCCGUUACUGCAGCUGGUUUCUCUGCAAAAGGCGUCAGGCUGCUGGGAUCUGGACGCCACACUGGCUGAUGUGUUUGGGAAGAUGGAGGAUGAGCUGACCAAUCAGAAACCAGCACAGGUGGAUGGGUCAGUAUGGGCCACUCUCCUGGCUCUGAUCUGGUUAUACGGCUGUAAAAUAGAGCAGCAGGUGGAGUGGCAGUUUGUGGCCAUGAAGGCAGCGUCAUGGAUCGGCUCUCAGAAAGUGGGAGAUCUGUCUCAGUGUGUGUGUGUGGGGAAUGUCCUGCUCGGAUGUCAGGUGACCAAAGAGACUCUGGGAAUCUGAAGAUGUCAGUGUUUCUACAUCCUGAUCCGUCAGAAGGCC